AUGCGUCUGCAUCCUGCAUUCGCCUUGCUUAUAGCACUGACGACCUGUGUGUUGGCCAGAAUCCAGGGCGUUUUGCCUGUGUAUACCAUUGCUCUUGAAUCUUCCGAACCUGUCCAAACGUCCUUGAACACCCGCGAUGUCCCCAACAAUGUUGACUACCGUUGUGGUCCCAAGAUUGGCAAAUGCCCAGUCGGCACUUGCUGCUCUGGUGCAGGUUUCUGUGGCACUUCCAAGGCACACUGCCGCUCUCCGGAUUGCAAGAUUGAUUACGGCCACUGUGAUGCUCAUCGAUCGCCUUAUGGUCCUCCUACCAAGGAGAUUGCUCGACCACACCUUGGCCAGGUCCCAUUCGGUCCGACCCAGAUCCGCUCAUGUGCCAUUCCUGGGACUGUGGCGCUGACUUUUGACGACGGUCCAACUCGUUACACGGGAGAUCUGCUCGAUCUGCUUGACAAAUACGACGCGAAGGCGACCUUCUUUGUCACGGGCAUCAACAACGGAAAGGGUGCUAUUGAUGACCUCACCUUGCCCUGGGCUUCUGUGAUUGAGCGGAUGCAUUCUAGUGGUCACCAGGUUGCUAGCCACACUUGGUCCCACGAGGACCUCAGCAAGGUCACUCCUUCCCAACGCAGUGAGCAGAUGGAGAAGAACGAAGCCGCUAUCCGAAACAUUCUUGGUCAUUUCCCUAGCUACAUGCGGCCACCUUACUCUAGUUGCACCCCCGACACGGAGUGUGGAAAGCAGCUUGGUGAACUUGGGUAUCAUAUCAUCCUGUAUGAUAUUGAUACAGACGAUUACAAGAACGACAGUCCCGACUUGAUCCAACGAUCCAAGGAUAUCUUUGACCACCAAGUGCUCCAAAGUGACCCACUCACAAAGUCCUGGCUUGUCAUUGCCCAUGAUGCUCAUGAACAGACGGUGCACAACCUCACAGAGCACAUGCUCAAGGCCAUCAAGAGACUGGGGUACCGGGCCAUCACUGUUGGAGACUGUCUCCGCGACCCUCGUCCCCUUUGGUACCGCAAAGACACCCGCAUGCCCACUCAGAAGGAGAAACCAAAGAAGCCAGCUUCGGCGGAUCCCAACAAGGCAGUCUCCUGGGACGGAUCCUGCGGUUCCAACUAUACCUGUCUUGGAUCCACCUUUGGUUUCUGUUGCAGUAGUGAAAAUGCCUGUGGCAACACAAGCAAUCACUGUGGCAAGGGCUGCCGGAAGGACGCUGGGUAUUGCACUGUCGAUGUUCCCGGAAAUGGCGAUGCCUGGGACCCAAGAGUUGAUGUCAAGGGCUCCAAGUCAGAGGCGGAUGCUGAGAUUCGAAUGCUUGGCUCGGCAGCCAUGGCAGCCAUGACGUCCUUGUUUCUUGCUUUCAUCGUUGCCAUGCUCAUGUAA